UGCAUGUAAAUCUAUUUAUUUUUUCCGUCUUUUGCCCGAAUUCCACACAAAGCUCGAAAUCGAAGAAAAACCGUUCACGAGUUCACACAAACUCUCGGCACUCUCUCUCUCACCUGAAAUCUCCUUUUUCGCUGCUCAAUUUUGUUUUUAAUUGGAAACUCGUUUUGAGAAGUUUCCCGAUGAGCUACCGAUCGCCGACGGCUCCGAUUCGGUGCUGAUCUUCCCUCGGCGGUGGCCUGCAUGCGGAAUCUCUGGCACCGGCGACGACGGGAAGCGUAAUUGGAGAAUAUCUAUGGUUUUUGGCGGGAUUAGGAGCCUAGGGUUUGUGAAUUUUGCUGGAUGCGUGUUAGGUGCGGGAUAAAUGCUUGUUGCCGGGGUUCUAGGGUUUCAGAGCCUGGUCCUGGUGGUUUGCCUGGUGGUUCCGCUGAUCGGAUUCGUCGUACGGCGGAAAUGGAGGCUCGCUUUAGCUAGGAAGGAAGAGAUUAGGAGGCUUUUGAUUUUGGCGUCCGAGGAAGCCGCUAGGGCCGAGCUCGAGGCGUCCGCCCAAUACGGCGUUGUUGCGGCGGUUGCUCAGAACCAGUGCGCCGUUUGUUAUUUCCCCACUACCACACGUUGCGCGCGAUGCAAAGCGGUUCGUUACUGUUCUGGCAAGUGUCAAAUUAUGCACUGGAGACAAGGACACAAGGAGGAAUGUCGUCCUGCUUGCCCAACUCAGACCGUUAAUGACAUAGGAAAGGAUUCUAGCCAAAAGUUGAACAAAGAAGAGCACUCUGAAGUUUAUAGUGAGAAUUAUGAAAGCAUUGAACGAGCUAAACCAGUUCAAGCAUUCCCUUCAAAAUCUGCACACACAAAUAAUGGUUGCUCUGCUGAAGUGCUAUAUGAGAAGGAAGAGGGUAGUGAGGUUGAGUCUAUUGCAAGUGGGAAAGGGGUAAGUUCUACUUUUGAAUCAGGCUCUACAUCGUUUUCUGGGUUUUCUACUUCAACCACCAAUAGUGAUUUGGCUGAUGAUGUUUCUGUCACUGAGAGCAUUAGUUCAGCUGAUACAGAGAGUUCAGAUGGACAUUUAUCUGUUGAUAGUUCUUCUGACGAACUUCAUACCACUCUUCAUGUGAGAAAUGAAGAUAAUUCUCAGCCAUUAUCUCCAAAGUUUGCUAGAUUGGUUGACGCUGUAAAUGGUAUUACUGUAAGUAAGUUAAAUGAAACUGAAUCUAGUUGCAAUGGAGGAGAAGAUCGUUGUCGACUGACUUGCUCUUCACAUCCUAGUAAUAGUAGUGUACAUGAUGGUCCAGCUCAGCCUCUUGCAGCUUCUUCUGGAUUUUGGGAGAAAGCUCUAGAUUCUAUUAGCCCCCCAGAUGAUACCCAUCAUGAUGACACAUCUGAUUCCAGUGGACUCGGUAGCAGCAAGGUAUCAGGUGGAACUUCCCUUCACUUUUCAUUUAAAUUGUCAAGACGUACUGCUCCUCCCUUGUUCACUAAGGGCUCUUCAGAGAACGUUGCUCUAUCAAAGGAUGCUCUUACAGACGAGUUGCGUGUUAAGAAGCAUACUAGUGGAUCAUCUUUAUCUAAAAGUAUAGAUUCUAAUGCACCAAAAACCAGGGCCUGCCGAUCCUUGAAUCGUGAAGCAUCCAAGAAUUUGGACAAUGGAUGUGAAAGUUUUUCAAAUGACUUUAAUUCAAGGGAAGCCAAGUCAAUGCUUAAAGAAGGAGCUUCAAAAUGUGCAGAUUCAUCAAAUGUUGGUAUCGCGCCAUCCACAAGAGCUCAAAAGUUGGACUUGGAUCAUGUUGUUAGUAACAACAAAACUUCAAAUCCUAUGAAGUCUGAGGAUGAUGGAUAUUUAUUAUCCAGUACUCAUUUAGCUUCUGGCACGAAGGACUCUUCCAUUAAAAGGUCCAAAGCCGGAGAUGAUGCUGGUCAGGAUAGUGCUACUGUUUCAGGUCAGGUUUCAAAUUAUCCAAAUGUCAGGAACGGAUUAAAAACCUCUGUACAAAAAGUUGUUGAGCAGUUCAGAGGAUCCAAUUCCAAACUAACAAAACAAUAUCCGUUAGCGCAUGGAAGUGAGAUUGCUGGACGAUACACUGACAAGGGGCUUUUUCCUUACGACUCAUUUGUCAAGCUAUACAAUUGGAACAAGGUGGAGCUUCAACCAUCUGGCCUUAUAAAUUGUGGGAACAGUUGUUAUGCCAAUGCUGUACUCCAGUGCUUGGCAUUUACGCCUCCAUUGACUGCCUAUUUCCUUCAAGGAAUUCACUCAAAAGAUUGUAUAAAGAAAGAAUGGUGUUUCACAUGUGAAUUUGAAGGUUUAAUUUUGAAGGCAAAGGAAAAGAAAUCUCCAUUGUCUCCUAUUGGAAUAGUGUCCCGACUCCAGAACAUUGGAAGUCAACUUGGUAAUGGGAGGGAAGAAGAUGCACAUGAGUUUCUAAGGUAUGCUAUUGACGCGAUGCAAUCUAUUUGCCUGGCGGAAGCCAGGGUUGGUGCAUCAGGUCAUUUGGAGGAAGAGACAACUUUGCUAGGCCUUACUUUUGGAGGCUACCUCCGUUCAAAGAUAAAAUGCAUGAAGUGCCAAGGCAGGUCUGAGAGGCAGGAAGGUAUGCUGGACCUGACUGUUGAAAUUGAAGGGGAUAUAGGGAGCCUGGAAGAAGCCCUUCGAAAAUUUACAAGCACUGAGAUCUUGGACGGUGAAAACAAGUACCACUGUGGCAGAUGCAAAUCUUAUGAGAAGGCCAAAAAGAAGUUGACAAUACUGGAGGCACCCAAUGUCCUCACGAUUGCUUUAAAGCGAUUUCAGUCGGGAAAAUUCGGAAAGCUUAAUAAGCCAAUUCGGUUUCCAGAGAUCCUGAACUUGGCACCAUUUAUGAGUGGCACAAGUGACAAAUUGGCCAUUUACAGGCUUUAUGGGGUGGUCGUUCACUUGGAUGUUAUGAAUGCUGCAUUUUCUGGUCACUACGUGUGCUAUGUUAAAAAUGCUCACAACAAGUGGUUCAAGAUUGAUGAUAGCACAGUAACGCCUGUGGACCUUGAGAAGGUGUUGAGCAAAGGAGCAUACAUGCUGUUUUAUGCGAGGUGCUCACCAAGGGCCCCGAGAUUGAUAAGGAAUCGAAUAGUAUCUUCUGAUCCCAAAGCUAGAGUGACACCUUCCUGGAUUGGUGGUGGAAAGACCACUGCAUUGAAAUCAAAAUCCACCACAAAUCCUAAUGUUGCCCAGUUCUUAUCCAGUUCAAGUCCUCCAGGUGUUUCUGCCAGUUACGAUUCAUUUUAUGCAAGAUACCAUCGGUUGCAGAGGAUUUUAGAAGAGGAUUCAUCGAGCGACAACUCUUCCCUUAUCAGCAACAACUCUGAUGAAGGUUCUUGCAGUACGGAUAGUACCCGUGACUCUACCAGCACAGACGACUUGUCGGAUUACAUUUUUGGUGAUUCCGGACGAGUUUGGAGUAGCCUGUGGAGGAACUCUUGUGAUACUGGCACUUCUUCAUCGUCCUCUCCCCUCACUCGUAUUCAAAAGAAUUUGCAUCUUUCUGAUAUGGACCAGUACGAUUCAGUUGCUCCCGUAACCAGUGGGCUUAAAACUGAUUGUGCAGCUACCGAGGACGGUGGUCUUUGGGACGGGCCAAGUAGCAGGAGUAGCAAGCGGGUGAAUUUUCGAGGCGAAGAAACUAAUCCCUUUUUGCAUUCUGACACCACUAAGCAACGUAGAAAGUUAGCUAGCAGAAGUAGUAGUAAUAGUACCCUUAAGACUGACUUAGAGAGACUAGGAUCUGACUCUUUAAACCCUGUAAAAUAUAAUGUAUUCACCAGGGAAAGAACAGUGAACAUUUGAUUAUAAUAUUUAGGUACAGAGCGGUAAAUAAGAAAAUUUUGAGGGAAUGUAUGUAAUUCACCCUUCUGCUGAUUUCAUUUAUAUAAAUCAGCUUUCAUUUUUUUUUCCCU